AUCUUUUCCUAUGUCGACGACAACUUCUCCUGGGAGCUCGAUAACGAGAGUCGGAUGGUGUACUACCAAAAGUACCGCAAGCGACUUCCUGAGAAACAAGCCCGUCUACUCAAGAUUUGGGACUGUCUUGGUAUCCCUCAUGCCCGAGGGAAACAGGAGUUUAACCCGGUUCUGACUAUCAUCGGGUAUCAAGUGAACCUUAGGCGGAUGCGCGUCACCGUAUCUGAUGAGCGUCUCGAACGCAUCGUUAAAACUUUAUUUGAAUUCUCUAAUGGGUUGAUGGUGACGACUUCUUUGCAUGACUGCCGAAAGCUCGCUGGUCUCGUCAACUGGGCGUUGGAAGUCAAUCCUUUACUUCGCCCUGCGUUAACGGCGUUACACAGAGAAAUGGCAAAAGCUGACCAGUCCGAUGGCGAUGCGCAAGUGACCAUCACAAAACGUGUUGCUUCGGACCUACACUGGCUCGCGAAGUUAUUUCGAAGAUCGAAGGGUAUCCACCUAACAAGGAUGUGUUUCUGGGAU